AUGCAAGACACGGGCCAUGUGCUCUUCGACAACUUAGGGUGUGGCGAAAAGCGCCGCCAGCUGCUCGACCAGCAAAUCAAGACGGGCGAGCGGUCCUUCCGGGAGGUCUCCGAGGAGAUGUGGGGGUCGCUGCGCGUGCCCUUCGAGGACGGCUUCACCGUCAUGGAGAAGGAGCUCGACAUCGACUCCGGCUUCCGCGAGUUCCAUGAUUUCUGCCUGGCCAAUGAUAUCCAGUUCAACGUCAUCAGCGCGGGUCUGAAGCCGAUUCUGCGCCGGGUGCUGGACACCUUCCUCGGGGAAAAGGCCGCAUCUCAGAUCCAGAUCGUCGCCAACGACGCCGAAAUCCACCCCGACGGCUCGCAGUGGAAACCGAUCUGGCGCCACGAGUCCGAGCUCGGCCACGACAAGGCCCUGUCCAUGAAGGAGGGCCGCGCCCAGGCGGCGGAACUCGCCGAGGACGACGAGAUGCCACUGAUCAUCUUUAUCGGCGACGGCGUGUCGGACCUCCCGGCGGCCCGUGAGGCAGAUGUGCUCUUUGCGCGGAAGGGCCUGCGGCUGGAGGAGUACUGCGUCGAGAACCAGAUCCCGUACACCGGGUUCGACAGCUUCACCGACGUCAAGCGCGAGAUCCAGGCGAUCAUGAAGGAGGACCAGGAGAAGACCGGGGGUGUGGGCAAGCCCGCGCGGUUUAACCCCCGCGCCAAUAUGUGGCGACGAGUCUCCAGCAGGCAGUCGGUAUGUUGGCGUGCGAUUAUGGACUCCCGGAACAAGUGCUUACUUUGA